GUGGAGGUGGAGAGCGGGGCUGUCGCUAUUUGCAGCCCCGUAGCGCCGUGUAUCUCCCUCUCUGUCUUUCCCCCUCUGUGUGAGAGUGAGUGAGUGAGUGAGUGAGUGUGUGUGUGUGUGUGUGUGUGUGUAUGUAUGUGUGUGUGUGUAUUUGUGUGUGUGCGCGUAUGUCUGUAUGAGAGACCGUCUCUCAGGCUCCUUCCCUCUCUCCCUCCCUUUCUCACUGUCAUCCCCUGUCUGUCUGUCUCUCUCUCUCUCUCUCUCUCUCUCCAUCUCUCUCUCUCUCUCUCUCUCUCUCUCACACACACAUACAUACAUACACACACACACACACACACACACACACACACACACACACACACACACACACACACACACACACACACACACACACACACACACACACACACACACCUACCAGCAUUAAGCAUCUGUCUUGUGUAAUUCAGGGGAGACCCAGUGGAUUUUUUUAAAAAAAAAGGAGAGAGAGAGAGAGAAAGAAAAAGGGGGAAAAAUCUACCGGCAGCAAGAGGAUGAAACCUUUCGCGUCAAGGUUCCCGCGCUGGCCUUUCACUGUCUGAGAACGGGUAACGGAGCUGCAGUAUCCGGAUGGGAAGUCGCGGAACAGCGGAGCUCUGAGACUGAUCGUUGUAUUUUUGAGUGAAGAUCGGGAUUUCCAAGCCUCCUCCCUCACUCACACACUGACACACAUUAUAUAUAUAUAUAUAUAUAUAUAUAUAUAUAUACGGCAGAGAAGGAGAGGAGAGAGGGGGGAAAAGCGGAACGUUACCAGGUUUCUAUUGAAAUACUGAAGAGAUCCCAGCGGCUGGAUUUCGUCCUUGUCAUGCCAGCGGCGCGGAGCUGCGGCGGAUUCGGAGCGUCUUGAUCCUGGUGCCCGGAGAGAGCAGUUUUAUUCACAAUGUGGAUGCGAAGGGAGAUGCAUUAAAGGACUCAGGGGAGUGUGCAGAUGGAGGUUUGAGGACCACUGCUUCCAAACCGGCAACCUUCCCGUUGUAGACUGGCCAACGACAGGGCGGUGCACACGGACCAGACAAGCGACAAUGGGCUUCCUUUGGUGGGCACUCUGCCUUUGCUGGAUUACAGUUCUCAGCUCAAGCCCUGCAGAAGGUUUGAGUCGGGCUGCCUUGCCAUUUGGUCUGAUGCGCCGGGAGCUGGCGUGUGAAGGGUACCCCAUCGAGCUGCGGUGCCCGGGGAGCGACGUCAUAAUGAUCGAGAGCGCCAACUAUGGGCGGACUGACAACAAGAUCUGCGACGCCGACCUCUUCCAGAUGGAGAACGUCGAGUGUUACCUUCCCGACACCUUCAAGAUCAUGUCACAAAGGUGUAACAAUCGCACGCAGUGUGUGGUGGUAGCAGGUUCCGACGUCUUCCCCGACCCCUGCCCAGGAACCUACAAGUACCUGGAGAUCCAAUAUGAGUGCGUCCCCUACAUCUUCGUCUGCCCCGGCACCCUGCGCAAGAUCUUCGAGCCCACCAAUGUCUUCGAGUCGGAGCACGAGGCGGGCGCCUGGUGCAAGGAUCCACUGCAGGCCGGCGACCGCAUCUACUACAUGCCCUGGAUCCCGUACCGCACCGACACGCUGACCGAGUACGGCUCAUGGGAGGACUACACGGCCGGUCACCCCACCACCACCUAUCACCUGCCUCACCGUGUCGACGGCACUGGCUUCGUCGUCUACGAUGGCGCCGUCUUCUACAACAAGGAGCGCACGCGCAACGUCGUCAAGUUCGACCUGCGCACGCGCAUCAAGAGCGGCGAGGCGAUCAUUGGCGGCGCCAACUACCACGACACAUCGCCGUACCGUUGGGGCGGCAAGACUGACAUCGACCUGGCAGUGGAUGAGAACGGCCUCUGGGCCAUCUACGCCACUGAGCAGAACAACGGCAAGCUGGUGGUGAGUCAGCUCAACCCGUACACGCUGCGCUUUGAGGGCACCUGGGAGACGGUGUACGACAAACGCUCGGCCUCCAACGCCUUCAUGGUGUGUGGCGUCCUCUACGCUGUGCGCUCCGUGUCCAAGGACGAUGACAGCGAGGUCAUCGGCAACACGAUCGACUUCGCUUUCAACACCAACCUCAACCGCGAGGAGCCCGUGUCCAUCGCCUUCCCCAACCCCUACCAGUACGUCUCGUCCGUGGACUACAACCCCCGUGACAACCAGCUCUAUGUCUGGAACAACCGCUUCGUGCUGAGAUACUCUCUGGAGUUUGGACCCCCCGACCCAACCAUAGCACAAGCCACAAUGGCUUCCACAAGCAGCACAGGUGCAGCAAGGCCAACCACAGUCACCACGACAACCACCACCAGGAAAGCCCCUCUCACCACCAUCGCGGUGGGGGCAAUUAACCAGCUGGUCCCGGAGCAGCACCCCGUCACUCCCAAAUUCCCCUUCACAAGUCGGACACCUCUAUCCAACCAGCUGCCUUCGCCGCGGAGGUACUGUGAACCGACGGAGACCAGAGGAAUAAAGUGGCCAUCGACACAGCAGGGAGUUCUGGUGGAGCGUCCGUGCCCCAAGGGGACCAAAGGUAUAGCCUCCUACCUCUGCGUGGUUUCACUUGGACUCUGGAACCCAAGAGGACCUGACUUCAGCAACUGCACCUCGCCCUGGGUAAACCAAGUAGCGCAGAAGAUUAAGAGUGGGGAGAACGCAGGUAAUAUCGCACAAGAGCUUUCUCAACACACCAGAGGGCCCAUCUAUGCAGGCGACGUCAGCUCUUCCGUGAAACUGAUGGAGCAGCUAUUGGAUAUCCUUGAUGCUCAGCUGCAAGCUCUGAAACCCAGUGAGAAUGAGUCCGCAGGACGCAGCUACAGCAAGAUUCAAAGACGGGAGAAGACCUGCAGAGCAUACAUCGAGGCUGUGGUACAGACUGUGGAUAACCUCCUGAGACCAGAGGCCCUGGAAUCCUGGAAAGAUAUGAACACAACAGAACAGGUUCAUACAGCAACCAUGUUACUGGACAUCUUGGAGGAGGGAGCAUUCCUGCUGGCGGACAACCUGAAGGAGCCAGCAAGAGUCAAUGCCACCACCCAGAACGUUGUGUUGGAAGUGUCCGUCCUCAGUACUGAAGGACAAGUGAAGGAGGUGACGUUUCCACACAGUUAUCUAACAGAGAGUUUUAUCCAUAUCUCUCCGAAUACCAUCAAGCAGAACAGCCGUAAUGGUGUUGUGAAGGUGGUAUUAAUUCUCUACAACAACCUUGGCCAGUUUCUGUCGACAGAGAAUGCAACAGUGAGAAUGGGAGCAGAUAUCAACAGCCAGGGCACCUCCAUCGUUGUCAACUCUCAGAUCAUCGCCGCCUCCAUCAACAAGGAAUCAAGCCGUGUCUUCCUUACGGAGCCAGUUGUAUUCACCCUGCAACACCUUGAUUCAGAAAACCACUUCAACGCAAACUGUUCUUUCUGGAAUUACUCUGAGCGUUCUAUGAUGGGAUUUUGGUCAUCACAAGGCUGUCGACUGAUUGAAAGCAACAAGACUCACACCGCCUGUGCCUGCAGUCACCUCACCAAUUUUGCGGUGCUCAUGGCUCACAGGGAGAUUUUGUAUGAAGACCGAAUGCACAGACUACUGCUGUCCGUAAUCACCUGGGUUGGUAUCGUUAUAUCACUGGUCUGCCUCACCAUCUGCAUCUCCACCUUUUGCUUCCUUCGAGGGAUUCAGACCGAUCGCAACACCAUCCACAAGAACCUCUGCAUCAACCUCUUCAUUGCUGAACUCAUCUUUCUAAUCGGCAUCAAUAAAACCCAAUAUCAGGUGGUGUGUCCAAUAAUUGCAGGCUUCCUCCAUUUCUUCUUCCUGGCUGCCUUCUCCUGGAUGUGCCUUGAGGGCAUCCAUCUCUACCUCAUGCUUGUUGAGGUCUUUGAGAGCGAAUACUCCAGAAAGAAGUACUAUUACCUCUGUGGUUAUUGCUUCCCAGCACUGGUGGUGGGAAUCUCAGCAGCAAUAGACUACAGGAGCUAUGGAACUGAGAAGGCAUGCUGGCUGCGAGUGGACAACUAUUUCAUCUGGAGUUUCAUUGGACCUGUGUCCUUUGUCAUAAUGAUGAACCUGGUCUUCCUCAUGAUCACGUUGCACAAGAUGGUCCGGAGCAACAGUUCAUUGAAACCAGACUCCAGCCGGCUGGAGAACAUCAAUAAUUAUCCCAUAUGUGAUGGCUACUAUAGUAUGGAUUUGCCUGGAUAUGAGGACGACAAACCAUUUCUGAAGUCAUGGGCGUUGGGUGCGAUCGCUCUCCUUUUCCUUCUGGGUCUCACCUGGGCAUUUGGCCUGAUGUUCAUCAACGAGGAGUCCAUGGUGAUGGCUUACCUGUUCACCACCUUCAAUGCCUUCCAGGGAAUGUUCAUCUUCAUUUUUCACUGUGCUCUCCAAAAGAAAGUCCACAAGGAAUAUAGCAAGUGCUUGCGACAUGCCCACUGUUGCAGCCGCCCUGGGGCCGGAGUCUCCCACGGCAACCUGAAGACCUCCACCAUCCGGAACAGUAACCGGUACUACACUGGUACUCAGAGUCGGAUCCGGAGAAUGUGGAAUGAUACCGUUCGGAAGCAGUCAGAAUCUUCCUUCAUGGCGGGAGACCUCAACAGCACUCCCACCCUAAAUCGAGGAACGAUGGGUAAUCAUCUACUGACCAAUCCUGUUCUGCAGCCUCGAUCCGGUGCCAGCCCUUACAACACACUGCUGGCGGAAUCUGUUGGGUACAAUGCUCCCUCGCCUACAGUCUUCAGUUCUCCAGGGACCUACAGAGAGACAAAGCACUCAGUCAACAUGACGAGGGACCCGUGCGCGGUCGACACUCUCCCCCUGAACGGCAACUUCAACAACAGCUACUCCUUCCGGAAUAAUGACUUCGCCGCGGAAGGCACCCCACUGGCUGAUUGCCGCCGCAACCUCAGCGACGCCGCCUUCGAGAAGAUGAUCAUCUCCGAGCUGGUCCACAACAACCUGCGGCCCGGCGGCAAGAGCCUGCCUGGGGAGCAGGGUGCACCGGCCAGCGGCGGAGGGGGAGCCACCAGCAGCGAGGAUGACGCCAUCGUCCCCGAUGCCCCCUCCCUCACCCAGGAAGACAACAUUGAGAUCGAGCUCAUGUACAAGGCGCUGGAGGAACCAUUGCUCCUGCAGCGAGCCCAGUCCCUGCUCUACCACAGCGACCCCGAGCUGGAGGAGUCAGAGAGUUACACCGCUGAGAUUACGGACGGGCUAGAUGGCCAGCUCCAGUCCCCAAACAGAGACUCCCUCUACACCAGCAUGACCAACCUGAGAGACUCUUCCUACCCUGACAGCAGCCCGGAGGUAGUGGGGGAGACUGCCCCUCAAUCCCAAGGCAACGACGAGAUGUACUACAGCACCAGACCCAACCUGGUGUUUAGGAGCCAGCUACAGGCCUACUACCAGUCCAGGAGAGGCAGCAAUGAUGGCUACGUGGUGUCGGUUGACGUGGAUGGCGCCGUGUCGGAGGGUGACGGACAAAUGCAACUGGUAACCAGUCUCUGAAAUGAAAAUUGGGGGGUGGGGGCAAUUCACGGACCCGGGUAGAGGGUGCCCUUGGAUCUGCCAGUAACAUAGGGCUGUGAUUUGUACAGAGGACCAACCCUGGUUGGAGCAGGGCUGCUGGUCUUGCUUUGCUGUUGGAUGUAUUGGACUGUAUUAACCCUUGGGAUCAUCUGUUAGAUAAACUACUACCUCCAGCCAACUUCUCCCAACCUCGGGUGGAACUGGGUGAAUUGGGAUCAUCCCUAGUUCCACUAAAGGUGACUGAGAAUUCAUCAGCGCUUCAGUGGGAGUGAAAAGGUGGUGGUGGUGAGGGGGGGAAGGGUUGAAGUGGAGCGACCCUGCCAUCACGGGCAAAUUGCCAGUCCCUGCAUUCACAUCUUGGUGUGACUCAGAAGCCAGCUGAAAGUGGCAAGACACUCAGUGCUAAAACUGAAGAUGCCUCUCAGCUUUCAAACUCCCAAGAAGUUGACCAGCCCUUGGGGGGAAAGCAAACAGCAGAAGUAAUGCAGCCAGGAACACUGCUGGCUGUGAUGUGUAAUCAGGAACAGGCAUUUAGCAUCAGCUAACGAUGUGUGCGGGAUUAUUGGAGUCUUAAGCGAUAAAUUCUCCAAACUACAUCAGAAGAGGCCUGGACCACAGCUUUAUGAUCUCUCUCUGUAGAUGAUCCAACAGAUAACUAUCUAGGCACAACACGCGGGGUCCUCUCGCCGCAAGAGCUGUCUGGAUCCAAACUCCAGUUGGAAGACCCUCGUGCCUCCAUCGCUGGUGCUGCCAUCUCACUGGAUCUCAGAUACCCAACCCCCGCCCUCCCCCCACUCCUCAUGGCGAAGGAGGAGGACAAGAGGGCGGAGGGAAGAAAGCGUAGGGGUUUCGCAGGGCAGCAAGAACAAAUGUCCUGGGCCUAUCUGGCAAUGAUACUGCCUGCCUGCCCUCUCCCUCCUCAUCAGGGGUGUCUGGGUGGUGGAGAUCAAGAUGCAAGUAAGCUGGCAGCUGUCACAAGGGGCCGAACCUCCCGCCUGUCAACAGCGGCAGAGGGUGAAGCAGAGUGGAGGGCAGACCCCACUCCCCCAAAGGCCACAGUCCACAAAAGCUCAAAGAUGAUGUAAAUAGAAAUGAACUUCCGUGCAAAGAACCACGUUUUGUUUUCAUUCGCUUUCCUUUUGAGUUCCUCUCCUCACGUGUGCCACACUGACUGAUGGAAUCAUUUGCCGACCCCGUCAUUGCUUGGGUGACAGAGGUCAGGCCCUGUUGCACAUCUAAGGAGUGGCGUUGUUGUUUCCCAUCUCCAAUAGCACAUGUAUUAUCCACAGGAGGUUGUGAAGGAGUGACCUUUGACACAAAGAGGUCAAACUCCCACUUGACAAAAAGCUCUUGACGAUUGGUGGACCUCACUUUUCUUGUGGUUGUGGGCCAUCGUUAAUCUGUGUAAUUUUAAAAGAAAAAAAUAUACACAAAGUGUUCAAUGUCCUCUUAAAUCUUUUGCGUUCUCAGAGCACAAAAUCUUUUAUAAUCUCGUCAUGUCCCCCGAGUAUUUAGAAGGAGGCAGACCAGACUUCAGUCUUCAGAAGUUGCCUUUUGCCCUCUUCAGAAAGGAGGGACUUUUACAAUGGUGUGUGUGUGUGUGUUUAACAAAAAAAAAAGAAAAAAAUGCCAAUAUAAGCUUUAGACACAAGGGUGUCGCGCACAGUCUGUUAACAGCACUUUCAAUCGGUCUGAUAGAAGUUGCAAGAAUGCACAUCAUUAGCCCAUAACUGGGCAGCCAAUUAAAUCUGAGCUCUUUUCCUUCAUCAUGUAGCUAUGGGAAUCAGUCUGCAAGUAUCCAUUGAGGCUUGAGGUGGACUCCCAGCAUCAGCUUUGUACUCUGGUUGUGGAGCCCCAGAGAGUGGCUCUGUCUCAUUAGUAUGGAGCCUCCGUGACCAGCUUUGUUGUGGAGCCCUAGAGAAAAGUCACACGAUUGGAAGGGGUCUUUCAUAGUCCCAUUGUACCAGGACCACAUUGUUAUUAAGUGCUGAGGGUCAGUUCCAUUCAGUUCCUGAAGGAGAGGCCAACUAUCCUUGUGUGACAGUCAGGGUGUUCUUAGAAUCAUUACAAACUCCCACAGCACAGAAAAACACAGACUACAAAGGCAUCAUAACAUAUGGGAACUAUUCUUGUGUCCACUGAUUCACAGCCAGCAUCAGAGCCAGCUUACCAUAAAAUAGCUUCACACAAGGCUGAUGUCUGCUCUUACACAGAGUAUUCCUGUGUGCACAGCUAGUUAUCAGUCAGAUUUACACAUUCGUGUUCUGACACACAUGUACAGCCACACCAGCCAGAUCUCACACAUACACUUGUUCACAAAUAAUACACACACACACAUUUACACACUCCGUUAAACUUCAUGACCUCUUGGGUCUAAUGAUAAGCAGCAGACAUAAGUCAUUGACCCUCACACAGAAACCAGCUACCCCAUCACCCUAAUUGGAGUUUGGCUGAAAAUUUUCCUCAAUCUGUCCACCAGUCAACUCAAUCCCCUCAUUACUGAGUGACCACAAAAGGGAAUUGGCCCUUCCUCUGCACCCUGUCCAGCACUCCCCCAAUCUGAUCCCCUUCAGUUCAAUCCCUUCAGCCUCCUUUGCCCAGCUUAGCCAGUUUCUGCACUCUCUCCAGUGCAAUCACAUCCUUCCUGCAACCAGAAUUCAACACAGUCUUCUACCAGUGUUUCUUACAGUUCUCAUCUGGCCUCCCUCUUCCUGUAUCCUGCCUUGGCCAAAAAACGACACAAUGGAACAGUGCCUGAGAGAGCAGCUAGAGAGCCGUCACCUGCCAAGCUAAGGACCCAGAGCUCCGAAGUGGAAGUGACCUUUGUUAAUCUUCAGCUGGCAUGGACAAUGUUGUGUGUAUCUUCCUAUGACGUGAGACACAGCUACUGGUGCUGGAACAAGUGUCCAAGUUCCAAGAUAAGACUAAAACACUCCAAAUCCACCUCAGACUCAAAACAUUGGAGGGGGAGACUACCUCAAAGCCCAGAGAUCCCCUGGCCAAUGAUGAGGGAAAAAAAAACAACCUAGCUGACUAACAGGGUCUUCUUAACAAAAAAAAAGCAGAAGUGGCAAACCCUUCAUUUUAAAUGAUUCUAUAUACUUUUAAUUCUUAACUUAAUAUAAAGUAAGAUUACAAAGGGCCAGGCAAUAUUUGAAAUAUUGGCUUAGAAUCAGAUUUUUAUACUAUAUAUUGCAUUUAAUGUAUAUUGAAUGUGAUUGGAACGAAUGACUGUCCACUGACAAUGAACUGGUUAAUAUAUUUUCUGUUUAUUUAUUAUGUAUUCUACAGAAUAAUAUAUAAAAUGGAAAUAUUGGUUGUUGUAUAUGUGACUACAGUCUGGUAAUUACCAUGUUUGAUCAGACCUAAGAUGCAAUUUUUUUGGGGGGUUUGGGUGGGGAGGGAAGGGGAAAUCUGUCUCCAUCCACUUGAACCCAAGAUGAGCAGGUUGUCACAUGGCAAGUCGGCACUGGCUCUCCUGGGAGAGCCCACCCAUUGUGUUAUCAGUUCUUAUGACACAUCCCGCUCCGUAGGAAGGGGGAUGGAGUGUUGUACCCAGAAAAUGGGCAACAGACAGAGAACCAGAAGUUAUUCCAUUCUUUGACCCCACCCAUUUGCCCUUUGCUUUUGAACUCAGGAUACAACAACUCAUUCUUCUAAACCUUCUAGGAAUGUAAGAGGCCAUUUCAACCCAUCGUCUGUUCUGUUGAAUCUGGGAUGAUCUACUGUCAGACACCCUUGCUUCAUUUCCCAUCACUCUCUCACUCUGGAAAGCUCCAACAUACCAAAGGUGGGAGUUCCAAAUUCCUACUAUCCUUUGAGGAAGUGCUUCCUGAUUUUCACUCCUAAAUUGCCUGGCUCUAACAGGAAGACCAUAGUAAGACAAUCUUGCAACCGUCCACACUGUGCAUGUGUGCUCACAUGCACACACACACACACACACACACACACACACACACACACACACACGCACACAUUUGGAGCAAGAAUCCUUUUCAGAUGCCACUCAUGGUCUCUUUGAUGCCAACAUCAACUUCACCCCUCACUUCUCUCUGCACUGCAUAUCUUUCCCCCGUCAACUCUGUAUGAACCUUGCUUCAAUCCUGGUAACAUCCACCUCAUUGCAACUCGCCCAAAUCAUCAUACUGUGGAGACGCCGGAGAGGACGCGUUUGUAAAGCCGAAGGGAAAUUUAAUUGGGGUACUUCAAUGUAUCAGAAGUUUGAUAGAUUUACUUUCUACUGGUGGGACAUUCAUUCACCAGAGGAUGCAAUUUUACCAUCAUUGGCAACUGAUCAAAUAGAUGCUAAAGAAACACUUGCUCACACAAUUAGCUGUUGCAACUUUAAACUAGCCAACUGAAGAGUUGUGGGAGAGAUUCAAUUGUAACUGCCAAAAUUGGACUUAAAUCAAAACAUAUGACAAGUUUGUGGGUAAAGAGCAGGGUAGUGGAAGUGGCCGGUUAACUUUGUGAAAGGUUCAGUGUAGAGACAAUGGGUUAAGUGGCCUCCCUGCCAUGUAUCAUUCUGUGAUUCUGUCUUCCAUUGCUUUCUGGUUCUGGCCUGCCACUCUACUCGUUUGCUGCCGGGUUUGUUACACUUGCAGCUUCGCCCCUAGUUCUGGGUACAUACCAGUGGUUUCCUUUGUCCCAGUCUGUGGCGAUUCCAUUUGACCUUAGGCCAUUUGGGCUUGGAAUGUAACUACUGAAAUAGGUGGGGUCAGGGGUUCCCGAACCUUUUUUAUGCCAUGGGCCCCUAACAUUAACCGAGGGGUCUGUGGACCCGAGGUUGGGAACCCCUAGGUGGGGUUGUGAGGGGUAGCCAUCCCCAAUUAAACUGCUGGGCACUCAAGUCUUGUGGUUUCUCACUGUGUCGCUGUCCAGGAUGUGUGAUAAUGGAAUGUCAGACCUGGUACUUCAGUGUGACCUGUUCUAGGAUGGCCCUCUCAUUACAAUUGUACAACUUUCAUUAAAAAAAAAUA